AUGGGUUGGGGGUGUGAUUGUCUAUUUUUGGGGGGGGGGGGUUGGGUUUUGUUUUGUGUUGGGGUGUUUUGUUGGUGGUUUGUGUGGGGGGGGGGGUGGUUUGGGUGGUGGGUUUUUGGUGUGUGUGUGGGGGGGGUUUUGGGGGUUUUGGUGGUGGGUGGGUUUGGGGGGGGGGUGGGGGUGGUCUCUAGGUGGGUUUGGGGUGGUUGGGGGGGGGUGGUGGUGGGGGUGGGGUGGGGGGGGGGGUGGGGGGGGUGGGGGUGGUGUGGGGGUUGGUGGGUGGGUGGGGGGGUGUGUUGGGGGGGGUUUGUGGGUUGGGGGGGGUGUUGGGGGGGGGGGGGGGGGGGGGGGGGGUGGUGUGUUGGGUGGGGGGGGGUGGGUUGUUGGUGGGUGUGGGUUGGGGUUGUGUUGGGGUUGGUGUGUGGUGGUUGGGUGUGGGGGGUUGGUUUGGGGGGUGGGGGGGGGGGGGGGGGGGUGGGUGGGUCCAAGGGGGGGGGGGGGGGGGGGGGGGGGGGGGGGGGGUGGGGGGGGGGGGGGGGGGGGGGGGUGGGGGGGGGGGGGGGGGGGGGGGGGGUGGGGGGGGGGGGGGGGGGGGGGGGGGGGGGGGGGGGGGGGGGGGGGGGGGGGGGGGGGGGGGAUUGGGGGGGGGGGGGGGGGGGGGGGGGGGGGGGGGGGGGGGGGGGGGGGGGGGGGGGGGGGGGGGGGGGGGGGGGGGGGGACGGGGGGGGUGGGGGGGGGGGGGGGGGGGGGGGGGGGGGGGGGGGGGGGGGGGGGGGGGGGGGGGUGGGGGGGGGGGGGGGGGGGGGGGGGGGGGGGGGGGGGGGGGGGGGGGGGGGGGGGGGGGGGGGGGGGGGGGGGGGGGGGGGGGGGGGGGGGGGGGGGGGGGGGGGGGGGGGGGGGGGGGGGGGGGGGGGGGGGGGGGGGGGGGGGGGGGGGGGGGGGGGGGGGGGGGGGGGGGGGGGGGGGGGGGGGGGGGGUGGGGGGGGGGGGGGGGGGGGGGGGGGGUGGCACUGCCGUCGCCCGCCACCCAAAGCCCCCCAACCACUACCCAUACCCCCCGCUGAAUGCGCCCACUACCCCCAACCCGCCGCGCCGAUCCGCCCACUCACUCCCCUAACACUACCUCCCUCCAGCUCCCCUCUCAACGACCUACACGAAUCCGCCGCCGCCCCCUUGCUUUACCUCACCCUGGCCCAUAUAUAUUAUCGUAGGACCACAACGCCGCCCCCUGCGACACACCGCUGCUCCCAAGCGAUGCCCCCCCAGACCCAACGGUCCGCCCAUACCUCCCCCAUCCGCGCCCGGAAGGCCAUCCCCCUCUCCAACACCACCCCACCCCAACCUUCCCCAUACCACCCCGCAACACCCCCUCACCCACCCUAUCCAAUGCACGCGCUGGGGGGGGGGGAGAUCGCGCCCCAACACCCCCCCCGGGGCCCUCACCAUAGCCCCGCACCCCAGACCUCCCGCCCAUCGAGCCCAUCCCCCCGACCCUCCGCGCGAGCACAAUCUGCCACGCCUUCACACCCCAACGUCCCCCGCACACACCCCCUGCCCCAUGACCGCCCCCCGCACCUCCAUCACACCGCCCUCCCGCGCCACGACCCACACUACUUCACCCCCGAGGAUCCCCCUGGCGCAGUUACGCCCCCCCUCCCAUCGCCACAGCCUCCUCUACGCCUGACACAGACCCCACCGACCCACCUCCCCCAGGCCCCCCCAGGCAAACCGGGACGCAGAAACACCCACACCCCGACCCACCCCGCCCCGAAGCGCGCCACCCCCCGCCCCCCCUCAGUGACUAGCCUCGAACACCCCCAGGCCCCCAAGUACCCCCCCCCGACACCCGUUAGACGGCCCUACCUCCACGCUCCCCCCCGCAAGACCCGACGACCAACCCUCCACCCCCCCUUCCCGGGUGUCCCCCCGCAGGCUGAGCGACAGCAGCCCCUCCCCAGAAAAGCGACGCCCCCCCCUGCACCCUCACCCCCGACAAUACCAACGCCAACCAAGAUCCCCCGAUCCCCACCCCCCCACGCGGCCCAUCCACUGCCCCCGCCCAGCAGACCGCGUACGGCCGCCCCUGCCACACACCGCACCUCUCCCACCACGCUCUCGGAAUGA